AUGCCAAAGCGGUUACUUGCUUUGUUAGAGGUCGCCGAUGUUCUCCCCGCAUCGAAUGACAUGUUGCUGAUCUUGGGACUUAAACUUACAGAUGACGAAGAGUUAAGCUCUCAAUGGGAGGACACUUAUUUCGGUGAUGAUGAGGUUGCGCAAGCACUCAAUGCCAAAGCAGUUGUAUUGCGCUUGACAGCGGGUUCACAGGAAGCUGGAUUCCUGGCCUCUUUUUGUCCGAUCUCGAAAUUCCCGACUGUUGUCCUGAUCAAGAAUGGCACGCUGAAGGAAUACAUCGGGCCAGAUAUCUCCAAAGAUGACUUCCGCAGCCGAUUGAUUGCAGCUUUGGAGGAUGAACAGACACCCAGUCCUGCGCAGCAACUGCAAAGCAAUGACACUCCUACCGCUUCAACUAAUAACACGUCGGUGUCAGUGGCGCCUCAACCCCAGCCUAACGCGCCAUCCAAUGCCAGCAAAUCCGCAAAGCAAGCAAGCGAAAUUACAGUCAAGAAGCAAUCACAGAUUGAACAAAUACCUAAGAAAGCUGCAGAACCUGCAAAGUCGGCAGGCUCUGCCUCUCAAAAGCACUUGUCGUCCAAAGAGGCCAGCCAUAAAGACAUUAAAGGCAAAGCGCCGGUGGGGUCUAAGAAGCCCACUGGCAAAGGUGUCGUAAAGAGCGAACACCAAGAGCCAAAGCCUAUAGUCCCUCGAGGACCCCCAACCGAGUAUCGGCUACAGGUGCGCCUUUUUGAUGGAAGCUCCGUGCGAUCUAGCUUUAAACCCACCCAGAGCAUCCGAAAUGAUGUACGGGCUUGGCUUGAUGAGAAGAUGGAAGGCGACAACCGACCCUACAACCUCAAACACAUCUUAACCCCCCUCCCCAGUGAAACUCUUUCCGUCACCCAGGAGUCGCAAACUCUCCGAGACUUAGGUCUCGGUUCCACCGCGAAUUUGGUCAUGGUUCCCGUAUCAACAUACACCGAGGCCUAUUCGGCAGCGGGUAGCUUGCCCGUUCGUGGUAUCUCUGCCGUCUACAACCUGGCAUCUUCUGCUGCCAGCACCGCAACAGGUCUUGUGGGUUCAUUCCUUGGGUAUGGUUCAACCACACCGGCAAGUGGUGCAACCACCCCUUCGGCCCCUCCGUCUACUAGCAAUUCUCAACGUCCUAGGACCACGGGGCCCAAUAUUCGGACGCUGAGAGAUCAGCAAGAUGGACGUGGGAACAGUCAGCUCUACAAUGGCAACCAGUUGAACUUCGAGCCACGGAAGAAACAGGACGAUAAGGAUAAAUAA